AUGACUAUCCACCGAGUAAGUAAUCCAAAUUCCCUAAAAUUUGCUUCACGGAAAAAAGUUGGCGAUAAUUAUCAACAUCACAAUAGUGAAAAUUGGGACGAUCCGGAUUAUAUUAAUGAUCAUCGUGUAUCACAGCGUCGUAGUGUUUUAAUCGCUCAAAAACGUGAAGCCGAUGAACACAUUGUUCAGAAACAUUUUGAAAGAUUAAGACAAAAAUGUAAAUUGACCAAUGCUCAAUUUCAGGAUAACACAUUUCCAGCGAAUAGUUACUCAUUAUACAUUAAUGGUCAUUCACUAUCAGAAACCACUAUUCAGUUGUUACCUCAUCAAUCGCACCCACAUCAUGUACAAACAGUUGUUCAAUGGUUAAGAUCUGAUAAAAUACUGACACACCAUCGGGCAGAAAAUGUUCGUACACAAUGGACAGUAUUCAGAGAUCCAAAGCCAAAUGAUGUUUUACAAGGAGCGUUAGGUGACUGUUGGUUUAUUACUGCAUUAAGUGUUCUUGCAGAAAAACCCAAAUAUUUAAAGGAGGUUUUAAUUACUCAGGAAUACAAUCCUGAAGGUAUUUAUUAUGUUCGACUAUGCAAAGAUGGUAUGUGGACUCAAGUACUUGUUGAUGAUCGUUUUCCAUGUACGAAAUUUCACACACUUGCAUAUUCACAAGCACAGCGAAAACAAUUAUGGGUAGCAUUAAUUGAAAAGGCACUAGCAAAAUUAAAUGGGAGUUAUGAAGCAAUUAUAGCUGGACAAUGUUGUGAAGGCCAAUUCAAUAAUUCCGCUGAUAAAAAUGCGAAUUAUAAUAAAUUGUGGGAAAAAUUGUUACAUUCUCGUGAUAGUGGAUUUCUUAUGUGUGCUAUGUGUAGUAAUAGUUCAAUAGAUAAAGAAGAAUUUGAAAAAUCUGGUCUAUUAAACACUCAUGCUUACUCUUUACAAGAUGUCAAGGAGGUGAAUGGUCAUCGUCUAUUACGGUUAAGAAAUCCAUGGGGUGGUACCUAUCGAUGGUUAGGUGAUUGGUCUGAUGAUUCAUCAUUAUGGACGCAGAAUCCAGAAUUACGCUCUGAAUUAUUGCGUGAAAAACGUAGUAAGAAAGACGGUGUGUUUUGGAUGCCCUUUCUAUCAUUUGUCAAAUAUUUUGAAUAUACUGAUAUAUGUAAGCUGAGAGAAGGCUGGUACGAAGUAAGAGACAGUGCCAACUUUUAUCCAGGAACACUAACACAAAACGACCAAAAACAACAACAACAACAACGUUCGUUAUCCACAUCAUCGUUACCUGAACAAAGCGAACCACGGCAAGAAACAUCUUUAUCAUUGUUAACAGCAACAAAUAAAAAGUUUAUGCAAGCUUAUUAUUUGACAAUAAAAAAUGAGACCGAAUUAGAUAUUACAUUAUAUCGUAAAAUAAAUAAAAAUUUACGUACUCAACGAAGUGAAGUGAGUUUAUGUGUAGCCAUUGUUACUAUUCACAGUUCACUUGCAAUCGAUUUAGAACGUGUUACGUUUCCUAUUCGACUUCAACGUGAAUUCUUAAUUAGACUCUGUGUAAUCUAUGGUGAAAAAGUAAAUACGAAUACUCGAAAAAAAAAAUUUUGGAAAAAGAAAUCUGAUGGCAUAGUUAUUUAUGAAUUAAAAAAAUUCUGGGAUGGUCUCGUGAUAUUAGUUGAGAAUAGACGACAGACAAAAUAUGUUCAUUUUCAUCUUCGAUGUACAUUAACUCAAAAUGCGUUUAUAUCUCGACAAGAAAAGCAUGAACUAUAUGAUUCAAUACCGCCAUUACAUCGUCAAAUAGUGGUGACUAUUUCUAGAAAAAAUGCCUCUCAUUCAUUCACCAUAGGUCACGAAUAUGUAAAUUAUAAACUAUCUACGGAUAGCCAGAUUAAACAUUUAAAGAAUAGACGUAAAUAUGAUCACUAUCCUGAAAUAAGUAUGGACAAUGACGACGAUAUUCACAUUCCACAAAAAAUACCAGACAACGAAUCUUUCCAGGUCGAAGAAUCGUACUAA